UUUUGGGAAGUUUAAACUGUGGCACCGUCCCGCUCACACAGCCAUCACCCUCUCCUUAUAAUAUCACCAACUCAACGACGCAAAGCCUCACUCUCUUUAAAAAAAAAAAGAAGCUCUCUCACUCUCUCUUUACAGAGAGAGCUCUCUAGAGACCAUCACUUCACUAGUAGGUCUUCUUGGAGCUUCCAAGCACGCUGUUCAAUGAAUAGCAUUUCAGUUUAAAUCAUGCAUUGCCCUUCCUCGAGGCAAGCAAAGAUGAAUAAAGAAAAUGCAACUGCUGCCAAACAUGAAGAGCCCACUACUCGAAUUACACGGGCACGUGCUAAAGCUUCGGGGACUUCAGUAGGAUUAUUUCCUGCCUCAAAACCCUCCUUUAAACAGGAUCAGAAGCAUCCUCUUGGAGCAAAGACCAAAAGAGCAGCAUCAGAUGAGAACAAAUCUUGUUCAACCUCAGUUGCUGGUCUUAAGCAUAAGAGAAGGGCAGUGCUUAAAGAUGUGACCAACGUUCUUUGUGAGAAUUCUCAUCUGAACUGCAACAUUGCAACAAAACAACAUACUAGCAAACAAGCUAGAAAAUGUCCUCGAAAUAAGAAUGCAGAGGUGGCUGCUCAUAUCUCUAUGGAAAUUUCACCGGCUCAGGAGGAUGUAAAAGAAAAGUUAGCUGAAGAGCUGUCAAAAAUAAGAAUGGGGGAAGCACAAGAUUUUACUUCACCAGCAAAGUUAGAAGAAAAAAAACAAAGCGAUUGUCAUGGCACAAGAGAAGGUGGUGUAGCAGAUCCAAGGCUUCUAGUACCUCUUUCCACAAAAACUCCAGGAGUUGAAAGGCCUCUAAAGAAAGAAGAAAGUGAAAUUUCUGAGAAACUGGAUGCCUCAGUUGGCGUGAGCGUAGUGGAUAUUGAUUCAAACAUAAAAGACCUUCAGCUCUGCAGCUUGUAUGCCCCUGAUAUAUUUAACAAUAUACGUGCUAAGGAGCUCGACCAAAGGCCUUCGAUUGAUUACAUGGAGAAGUUGCAGCAUGAUAUUAGUCCUAGCAUGCGAGGAAUUCUGAUCGACUGGCUUGUGGAGGUUUCUGAAGAAUAUACGUUGGUUCCAGAUACACUUUACCUCACUGUCAAUCUCAUUGAUCGAUUCCUCUCACAGAACUAUAUUGAAAAACAAAGACUCCAACUGCUUGGUGUUACUUGCAUGUUGAUUGCCUCUAAGUAUGAAGAAAUUUGUGCGCCAAGAGUGGAAGAGUUUUGCUUCAUCACUGACAAUACUUACACAAGAGGAGAGGUUCUGAAAAUGGAGAGUCAAGUCCUGAAUUUCUUGCACUUUCAUUUAUCAGUUCCCACCACGAAAUCAUUUCUGAGGAGAUUCAUUCAAGCAGCACAAGCUUCCUGCAAGGUCCCUUGUGUCGAGCUGGAGUUCUUGGCAAAUUAUCUAGCAGAGUUGACUCUUGUUGAGUACAACUUCCUAAAGUUAUUACCUUCCCUCAUAGCCGCAUCUGUUGUUUUUCUUGCCCGAUGGACACUCAAUCAAUCAGACCACCCAUGGAACUCAACUCUAGAGCACUACACUAGUUACACAGCAUCAGAACUGAAAACUACAGUGCUUGCCCUGGAAGAUUUGCAGCUGAACACUGAUGGUUGUUGCCUAAAUGCUAUACGGGACAAAUAUAGACAACAGAAGUUCAAAUCCGUAGCAGCUUUGACCUCCGUACAACGAGUUUCAUCGCUUUUCUGAGGACGAAGGAAAACGGGUCCUGCAUUAACAAGCAAACCGCUCCCUCUGAGGGUGAUAUCGACUCUAAUCAUAGAAUUUAAUUCAACUAAAAACUUGCAUUUUUUGUUGCUUAACUUCUGUCUAUCAUUGUUGUAACAUCUAAUCUUGUUCUGGUGCCUCCAGACCACAGUCAAAUGUAAUCAGUGAUCAGUAGCGUAACACACUCGAGGAGGUAAUUUAUAUGCCUUUAGCGGAAUAAUUUCAGAACUUCCCAGUCUACAAGAAGUUUUAACCGUGGCUAGGUUAUUCGGCAAGUUGCUAAUUUAGCAGUGAGAAUUGUAGUUAUCCGGACAUUAUCUUUGUAUUUAAACCUUGUGAAUCAUAGCGGAAAAAAGAAAAAAGAAAUGAUAAAAUUUUCUUUCUGGAGUA